AUGGACUGGAUGGACUGGAUGGAUCCGGAUGGAUCCGGAUGGAUCCGGAUGGACUGGGAUGGACUGUAUGGAUCCAGAUGGAUCCGGAUGGAACUGGAUGGAUCCGGAUGGAACUGGAUGGAUCCAGAUGGACUGGGAUGGAUCCGGAUGGAACCGGAUGGAACCGGAAGGAUCUGGAUGGACUGGAUGGAUCCGGAUGAAUCCGGAUUAAUCCGGAUGGAUCCGGAUGGACUGGAUGGACUGGAUGGAUCCGGAUGGAUCCGGAUGGAUCCGGAUGGACUGGGAUGGAUCCGGAUGGAUGGAUCCGGAUGGAUCCGGAUGGAACCGGAUGGAACCGGAUGGAACCGGAUGGAUCCGGAUGGACUGGAUGGAUCCGGAUGGACUGGAUGGAUCCGGAUGGAUCCAGAUGGAUGGAUCCGGAUGGACUGGGAUGGAUCCGGAUGGACUGGGAUGGACUGA